AUGGAAAACUACAGAAAUGUCUCUGAAUUUGUUCUUCUAGGACUUUCCUUUGGCCACAAAAUAGAAAUAUUUUGUUUUGCGUUAUUUUUGCUCUGCUAUGUUGCCCUGUUAGGAGGAAACUUGCUGAUUCUUAUCUCUGUCCAGUGCAGCCCUUUGUUAAAUCAACCAAUGUACUACUUCCUCAUUCACUUGUCAUCCAUGGACAUAUGCUAUACCUCCACUGUUACGCCGAAAUUUAUUGGUGAUCUUCUAGUGCAAAAAAAGACUAUUUCCUACAGCAACUGCAUAUUACAGGUCUUUACCAUGCACUUCUUUGGGGGUGUUGAGAUCUUCAUUCUCACUGUCAUGGCUUAUGAUCGCUAUGUUGCCAUCUGCAAACCCCUUCACUACAUGAUUAUCAUGAACAGAACAAGAUGCCAUCUCCUCGUUCUAGCUGCCUGGAUUGGUGGGUUUAUCCAUGCCUUUCCUCUUUUCACUAUAGCCAUCAGUUUGCCCUUCUGUGGUCCAAAUGAAGUUGAUCACUAUUUUUGUGAUAUUUUUCCUUUGCUUAAGGUUGCCUGCACUGACACCUACAUCAGCGGCAUCCUCAUAAUUACCUUUUCUGGCAUACUCUCCUUAGGGACCUUUGUUGUUUUAUUUCUUUCUUAUGGAAUUAUAUUAUUCAGUUUAAGACAUCAGUCAGCUGAGGGAAAACGCAAAGCACUUUCCACCUGUUGGUCUCAUAUCACUGUGGUCAUCUUAUUUUUUGGACCUGUAAUCUUUGUCUACCUUAGACCUCCUACCACUUUCCCUGAGGACAAAAUAUUGGCGCUAUUUUACACCAUCAUUGCUCCAAUGUUCAACCCGCUUAUCUACACUCUGAGAAACACAGAGAUGAAAAAUACACUGAGAAAAGUUUGGUGUCAAUCAUUUCUUCCAAAAUAA